CUCCGCUGCUGCAGUCCGCGCCCAGGAGCCUGGCGCGGGCGGUGCGUCGGGGUCUAUUGUCUCGGCGGCUCCCCCUCCCUCCUUCCUCCCUUUUCCCCGGUGGUGUUUUGCAUCUUUCACGGGGGGCUUGCAUUGUGAGCGCGGAAGCAUGGCGGAUGAGCAGGAGAUCAUGUGCAAACUGGAAAGCAUCAAGGAGAUCAGAAAUAAAACACUACAGAUGGAAAAGAUCAAAGCCCGCUUGAAGGCAGAAUUUGAGGCUCUGGAAUCCGAGGAAAGGCACCUGAAGGAGUACAAACAGGAGAUGGACCUCUUGCUGCAAGAAAAGAUGGCCCAUGUGGAGGAACUGAGACUCAUCCACGCUGACAUCAAUGUGAUGGAGAACACGAUCAAACAGUCUGAGAACGAUCUGAACAAGCUCCUGGAGUCCACACGCCGUCUCCAUGAGGAAUACAAGCCUCUUAAAGAGCAUGUGGAUGCUUUGAGGAUGACCCUGGGUUUGCAGAGGUUGCCCGACUUGUGUGAAGAGGAAGAGAAACUUUCCCUUGAUUACUUUGAAAAGCAGAAAGCUGAAUGGCAGACAGAGCCACAGGAACCUCCAAUCCCAGAAUCCUUGGCUGCAGCUGCAGCAGCUGCCCAACAGCUGCAGGUGGCCCGGAAACAGGAUACAAGGCAGACGGCAACUUUCAGACAACAGCCACCACCUAUGAAGGCAUGCCUAUCCUGCCACCAGCAGAUCCACCGGAACGCCCCCAUCUGCCCCCUCUGCAAAGCCAAAAGCCGUUCCCGUAACCCAAAGAAGCCCAAGAGGAAGCAAGACGAAUGAAAACACAGAAGCAUCUCGCCCCCCCCCAACCGGACACCUUUUCCCCCCUUUGCAGUAGACCCGUCAAGGUGAUCUAAGUUUUUUGGCGUGUGAAACCUGAGUGUGACUUAUGCUUUUGUUCCGUUUAACGUGUCAGCACAACUGUACAGUCAGUUGAGUGACUGGUUUUCGGCCAGCUUUGGGAUAGGCUGCUUUCCCCGGAGACGUUAAGAGCAGACAGUGCUACCUUGGGACUCUGCACAUGAGCAGGUACUACACCAGCCUGACGGCACAGGACAUUUUGUACAGAGAAAACAACGGGUGGCUUGUCUCCUGCCUAACAGCCUGUGCUUCAUUAGCAAGUGGACCUCAAGCCCCUUUUUUAUCCAACUGAUCAGAGGCCCAUUGUUUCCAUGACCUGUUUUAUUUUUUUACCAUGACAGUAUUUUUGUACAGAGGCUCUGCUUUUCCAUUCAGUCUCCAGUGCUCAAGAGUCUUUUCAUACAGGUGUCAGGAUGUGUAAGGUUUACUUGGCUUUGUUCCUAGGUAUAAACAGGUGUGUGUCUGUCUGUCUUUGGUACUUUUCUUGUUAAGUUCUGUACUAAAGAAAUUUGAGUCCUGCCCUACCUGUGCAUGUGGACCCAUUCUCGGGCCUGCAUGAAUUCUGGAAAAUUACAUUCUUCUAAUAUUUUGCAAGAUGGAUUCCAAGUCCCCCACCAGGAAGCUAUGCAGAGAAUUGACUUCCCUCCUAGACCAUCUACGGACAAGCCUUCCGGGGCAGAGAACUGGACUUAACAGCAGCGGCUGAAUCAGGAAGGUGAAUUGGGCAGAGUUACAUCAUGCAUGGGGGUAAAGCUGGGAUACUCCAUUUUUUCCUCCGUCUAUGGCAGUGUUUCUCAACCUUGGCUACAUUAAGAUGUGUGGACUUCGACUCCCAGAAUUCCCC